AUGAACUCCUCAAUAUCCAUUCUAACACCAACUACUUCUACAAGUACCCCAGGACCCAAUGAAGAUGAUUCAUCAAGGACGACGCUGAAAUUGGUGUUGGCUAUCUCGUAUUUGGUUCUUUUUAUCAUUGGGACAGUUGGUAAUGGCACUGUUAUCCUAAUGAUCAUCAACAUUCUGACAUCUAUGAAGCGGAAUAUGCAAGCUGGGAAGAGGAAAGUGAUGAGCAACACCAACCAUGUGUUUAUUUAUGUGCUCGGACUCUCAAUCGUCGAUCUUUUGGUGAUCCUCCAUCUUCCUUUCCUUGUUGUGGAUCUUUUGAAAGGUCAAUGGCUAUUCGGUGUCGCGAUGUGUAAAGUUUACUGGUUUGGGGAGAGUGUCAAUAAGCUUCUGAGCUCUUUUCUGAUGACUGUGCUCAGUUGGGAUCGGUAUAUGGCAGUGUGUAGUCCGGUGAAGUCUAUGAAAAUGCGAAGCAACGCGACCGCUCUAAAAGUACUCCUCGCUUGCACAUUGUUCGCUACGGCACUCCUUCUCCCAGUACUAAUCGAGGCAGCUGUAUUCAAAAUCGACAAAAUGCACAUGGUUCCGUUGAUUGAUGGAAGUGAGGAGUUGGCUGCGUCGGACCUCGCUGGCACCACCAUGUCCAAAUGUAUGUUUGAUGCAGAUGCUAUGUUUACCCUCUACACAUUUGUUAUUGGAUUCGCUGCACCCGCAUUCUUGAUCAUCAUUUUUUAUGCACAGGUCAUCUUCGCCCUCCAAAAAUCCUCUCGAAACAUCCGAGGAGCAAGAGGAAUCAGUAAACCAGAUGGGACAUCGAAUAGAGUUAAGAAGGUGACCAAACGAAUUGUCGCAGUGAUUCUGUUCUAUUUCCUAUGUUGGACACCACAAUGGACACUGAAUAUCAUGUCACAAUUCAAUCUGAUUGCAGUGUCAUGGAUGACUCCUGCACUUUCAGCAAUGUUCUUUGUGGCGCAUUUAUUGGUGUGCUUCAACUCAGCCGCCAACCCAGUUCUCUACGCCUACAUCAAUCGAGAACUCCGUACUCAACAUGUGAUGGCAAUGCAUCGGAAACGUCAUUCAGUUUGUCAGGACCAGAGAUUGACACAGAAUAGACUAUCAAUGCAAUCCCGUCCUUCCGAUGCCUCUGCUACAGUAUUCUCCAAAUUUGGGGAAAGCGAAGGAACUAUUUUCAGCAGAUUAUCACAAUUCCAACACAAUAUAAUUGCGAGUAUAUUCCAUCGGAAACGGAUUCCAUUAGUUGUGGAUAAGAAUAUUACUAUCGAGAAUACGUCAUCAUCAACUGACGAGGAUAAGGAUGAUUACUUGUAA